AAGUCCACACACCAAAAUAUCAAGUAUUUUGAUUUCAUUAAUUAGAAAGAAAAAGAAGAGUAGUAAAAAUUUAAAUCAGGGACGACCUUUGAGGAACACAAUAUCUAUCUAUCGAUAGAUUGAUGAUGAUGAAAAUGUGUAGCUUGGUUGUUGUUAUGGUGGCUCUGCUAAAGGUGGCAGCUGCUGACAAUUACACCGUCGGAGGUGAUAUGGGCUGGACUAUUCCUCCGCUUGGCAAGGUUGCCUACUCUACUUGGGCUAAAACCAAGAACUUCGACGUGGGAGAUGUAAUUGUGUUCAAAUGGACCGGUAACCACAACGUGGCAGAGGUCUCAAAGGCAGAUUAUGAUAGUUGCAACAUAACAAACCCUAUCGACGGAACCAUAUACCAGACCAGCCCCGUAAAUAUUCCCUUGACCAGCAACAACAAUACUCGCUACUUCAUUUGCACCGUUGCUGAUCACUGCAGCAACUUUGGACAAAAGGUAACCAUUAGCAUGGACCAGAAAUGGUGGGACGAUGACCACAACUCUGCUCCUUUCCGCCACACCAGCAUCCUCCCUCCCUUUUUCGCCUUUUUUCUUACCAUUUUUCUUUCUUUCUCCUUAAAUUAAUAUUAUUAUAAUUCAUUCAAAAUAGAUUUUUUUUAAAUACUAUAAUCAUUGUUGUACGUAAUUCUUAAUAAAUUGCCAUUUAUCGUGGCAAAUUUUUCUAUAA